AGCGUUAUAAGCGACAAAACAAAAAUUCAACAUGGGGGCAAUGUUCUCAAACCCCCACAGGGAGACGGGUGUCCUGAGCGAGAAUAUGGGGGGAGGGCCAAUGGGACUUGGUGACCCUGAAGAUCAGUCACUGCGGAAAGCUGAGAGAGAAAUUGUCAUCCCCCAGAAGAUGAAGGCCAAGGCAAAGAAGGGGCAGUGUGCUGAACAAGUCAAAGAGUUUGGAAUCUGUGCCAAGGAAGCAGGUCUGCUGCUGCCGUUCAAAUGCAGAAAACAAGCCAAAGAAAUGCACAUCUGUCUGACAGCAGCAUAUGCAGAUCAGGCUUUCAUUGACGAGUGUACGGCGGAGUAUCUGAAGGAGAGGUCGGAGUACCGCCGAACUGGAGUCAAACAGAAGAUGAAGAAGUCAGAGGGAGUCAUGAUUUAAGCCAGUGAAUUGCAGAAUCAAAGUGAAUAUCUCAAACUUUGAAAGAAGAUAGAUAAACCUGAAGAAUGAAAUCAACCGUGGUCUGAUCAUUGUGUUUGGAAGUUCUGCAAACUUCUUGUUAGGGGAAAUUAAGAUUUCGCCCAGAGGACUUAUUUUUCAGGGUGUUUAUAAAUCUAAAGGGAGGUAGUGCUUCUUGCAUGGUGCUUCCUAUGGCUGUGUGUGAAGCCAGUGAUGCAGCAGUCCUAAUAGUGGUAACACCUUAAAGUAACACUGUCACCAUGACAUUAGAAGACUGGAUCCAGCACCCCCCUCCCCCUUUUGUUGACGCACGCUAAGCAUUAGAUCACUUGGUAGACAAGUUAUUACCAUAUUACAGAACUACAGGUAAAUCAUUACCAUAUUACAGAACUACAGGUAAAUCAUUACCGUAUUACAGAACUACAGGUAAAUCAUUACCGUAUUACAGAACUACAGGUAAAUCAUUACCGUAUUACAGAACUAGAGGUAAAUCAUUACCCAAUUACAGAACUACAGGUAAAUCAUUACCCAAUUACAGAACUACAGGUAAAUCAUUACCGUAUUACAGAACUACAGGUAAAUCAUUACCGUAUUACAGAACUACAGGUAAAUCAUUACCCAAUUACAGAACUACAGGUAAAUCAUUACCCAAUUACAGAACUACAGGUAAAUCAUUACCCAAUUACAGAACUACAGGUAAAUCAUUACCGUAUUACAGAACUACAGGCAAAUCAUUACCGUAUUACAGAACUACAGGUAAAUCAUUACCCAAUUACAGAACUACAGGUAAAUCAUUACCCAAUUACAGAACUACAGGUAAAUCAUUACCGUAUUACAGAACUACAGGUACAUCAUGACCGUAUUACAGAACUACAGGUAAAUCCUGACCAUAUUACAAACCUACAGGUAAAUCAUUGCUGAUAUAUAAAUCUUUGAACAUAACAGGACAACCAGACACCUUUUUGUGAGCUAUUGGCAUUCAUUUUGCAUCACUACCCUGUUUUUUGUUAGCAUGGCAAGCAUGAAAUAUUCACAAAUGGUAGAAGCGGCUCUUGACAAUGAAUUCUUAUAAGAGAAUCUGUGUAAAUAGACCAAAUUAUCAUGUAUACAAGUUGUGGAGAAUGAAUGUGUGAGUAAGAAAAUUAAGACUGUUACCAUGGUUACUGUUGUAUCCCUAAUUCUAAUAUAAAGCGCUUUUCUAUCAGUUUUGCUGAUAGUGAGCUAAGUGAUAGAGAGAGUGAGCUAUGUUGCAGUGCACUUAGAUGAGAAUGUAUCUUGAAAAGAGAUGUGUUGGUGGUACAGCACUAGGGUCAUGAUGUGGAGUGGGUCUGAUGCUGCGACUAUCGUUCAACAGAUGGGAAGGGUUUGUUUUGUAAGAGCAUUUAUAAGUGAUUUGUAAUUGUGACUGUGUUGCAAAUGUAUUAUGAUAAGAGAAUGUUUAUUUGAAAUAAAAUAUCAAGGAAAUC